GGGGCGGAGAGAGGAGGAGCCUGGGGUUGGGGAGCGCGCAGGGACCAGGUGGUGCUGUGUGCUCCAAGAGGGCGUGGCCGGCCCGAGGUCCCUUGGCCAGAACCCGAGCUACUGUUUCGGGAUCCCCGCCGGGCCAACGCGGAAAGCACCUGCCGCCUGCGUGCCCUCACCCUACCAGAGAGGGGACUUCCUCCGCCUCUCCUGCCGGCUUUUCAAGGAAAGUGAAAGUGAAAGGGAGAAGUCGAGGCUUUGGGGCUGAGCAGAUCGCGGCGCCAUGAAGCCCCUGUCUCUGCUCCUCGCCGUGGCUUUGGCCUUGGUGACCGCCGUCUCGGCGGGACCCGCGGUGAUAGAGUGCUGGAUGGUGGAGGACGCGGGCGGGGGCCGCCUGACCAAGAAACCUGCCGCGCUGCUGCUGCGCCAGGGCCCGGGGACACCACCUCCCCGGCCGGACCUCGAACCCGAGCUCUACCUCAAAGUGCAUGAUCCCGCGGGAGCGCUCCAGGCUGCGUUCAGGCGGUACCCCUCGGACGCCCCCGCGCCCCACUGCGAGCUGAGCCACUACGUCCCGUUCCCCGCCUCGGCGAAUUGGGCCAGGGGCCUGACCCCGGAGCAGAGCUGCCCGCGGUCCCUGGACGGGACUUGGCUCAUGGUCAGCAUAUCCAGUUCGAUCUUCCGCCUCUCCAGCCUCCUAAGAGUACAGUCCGAGCCUCAGCCCGAGCCUGCUCUCAUCACCUUGGCAACAGCUGUGCUGACUGUCCUCACCCACAGCCCCGUCCCUCGGAUCCAGCUGGGACAAGAUGCUCUGCUGGACUUGAACUUUGCCUACAUGCCCCCCAUCUCUGAGGCUGCUACAUCUCUGGCCCCAGGUCCCCCUCCCUUCGGGCUGGAGUGGCGACACCAGCACCUGGGAAAGGGGCACCUGCUCCUGGCUGCAACUCCAGGGCUGUGUGAGCAGAUGCCAACUCCCCAAGAGGGGGCCGUGGCGUUUGUCGCCUGGGAUGAUGAUGAGCCGUGGGGUCCGUGGACUGGAAAUGGGACCCUCUGGCUGCCUGCGGUACGGCCCUUCCAGGAGGGUGCCUACCUCGCCACUAUACACCUGCCGUACUUGCAAGGGCAGGUCACCCUGGAGCUUGCUGUACAGAAGCCCCCCAAAGUCUCCCUGAUGCCGGCACCUCUUGUAUGGGCUGCCCCCGGGGAGGCACCCCCUGAGUUGGUCUGCCACGUGUCCCACUACUAUCCUUCCGAGGGCCUGGUGGUGGAGUGGGAGCUCCGGGGCGGCCCAGAGGGCAGCUUUCAGAAGGCCAAGGGGCAGAGGUGGCUCUCUGCCCUGAGCCACCACUCAGAUGGCUCUGUCAGCCUCUCCGCGCACCUGCAGCCCAUCCCGGUCACGGCCAAACACCAUGGGGCACGCUACGCCUGUCGUGUCCACCACCCUACUCUGCCCGCCUUGGGGCGCAGUGCCGAGGUCACCCUGGAGGUGGCAGGUCUCUCUGGGCCCUCACUAGAGGACGGUGUGGGCCUUUUCCUGUCUGCCUUUCUCCUCCUUGGGCUCAUCAAAGCACUGGGCUGGGCUGCUGCCUACAAGUCCACUUUGAAGGAUUCAGAGGAGAAGAAAGUACAGUGAGGGCACUCAUCACCAUCCUGGGGAAGCCGCCAUCAUCUCUGGCCUGAGUUACUGCAGUAGCGCCCCCAAAUACUACACCAUUACCUGCUCAUGCUCUCUCCACCCUCUCUCUCCACAGAGCAGCUGGAACCCUUUUUCAAAGGACACAAACCUAUAGCAUUUCCUUUCUUAGAGCUCUAAGGCAGUGGUUCUCAAAAAAUUUUAAUCUCAGGCCUGCUUAAGAAUUGUCAAGAAUGCUAGAGAGCUUUUUGGUUAUGUGGGUGAUAAACUACAGAUAUUUAUGCUACUAGAACCUAGUAAAUUAUGCUACUUAGUAAGUUCUAGUAGCAUCAAUUGCUUAGUAAGCAAGCCUGCGUUCUUUUAGCUGUGAGGACAAUGAUGUCAGUAGACAGCUUCUGGAAAACUCUAAUGGUACAAUAUUUUGGAGAAAGUGAAAAAGGCAAUAUUGUUAUGAAUAGCCUUAACUUCGCACACCCACAGAAAUAGUCUCCAGGACCUCCGGGACAAGGGCCACACUUGGAGAACCAGUGCUCUAGAAGCCAAAUCCAUUUCCUGUCCUGGCCUAGGCAUCUCCCGCUGUGGAGCCACCACUUGCCUCUUCAAUCCUACCUGGUACCCUCUAGCCCUUAUUUCAGUGUCACAUCGAUGUCGAUUUUUUUUCCAAUGGCUCCCACUUUCCCCGGUCUGUUCCCUUUGUCUGGUCCACCCUCGCCCUUCUUGGGCUCCAGACCAGGUCAGCCUCGUUAUUCCCUCAGACCAAGCAGUGUCCCUUUCGUGCAGUUCACCACAGUUGUAUUUAAGUGAUUGUGCGAGUCCUUGUCAGAUGCCUGUCUUCCCUGCCCUACUGUCGGUUCCUCAAAAGGCAGGAACGUGCCUGUCUGUCCCCUGCUGUGUCCCCGAUCCGGCAGAGGGCCGGGCGCCCACUGGAGGGCGCUUAACACAAGAAAUUAGUCCUUUUCUCGUCCUAAGAAUUCAAAAGCAGGUGUUCGACCAAAGAACUACGGGAUGAAGGAAACGGCAGCUGGCCUGGGGACCUCCGAGGGGGCGGACGGUCGGCUAGACCCACGCGGAAAGCGAUCUAAUCGUGUGGGAAUAAAGUUGUGUUCUAGUGCUCCCAA